AAGAAGGAGCGCGAAGAAGAAGGUCUGAAGCAUCCGGAACGUUCUAACUUCUACGGCCAGCAGAUAUUUUUUCGCUUCUUCUCGACGCAACGGAGAUAAAGCCGCGUUGUAUAAGUAUGGAACGCUGCUGUCAACCCCACUGCAUGAUCGAUCGCCGAGUUGCCCUUCGCCUGGUUCCGUCAAGCGUUGGCCGGAAAAUUACGUUUCUCGGUAACAGAUGCAGCAAGCCGCUGGCUUCUUGCCUCAGCAAGAAGAAAGGUGACGACCAGAAGUCCAGAGAUUAAUCAGCGAGAGUAGUUGGGAGCCUCGUGCGAGUGCGGAAGAAAGGAUGAUGGCCGAUCACUACGUUGAACUCGAGGUGGGGCCGAACGCCUCGUCUGAGGAGAUCCGAAGCGCCUACCGCAAGCAAGCCGUGAGAUGGCAUCCCGAUAAAUGGGGGAGAGUCCCUCUGGAAGUUGCCGAGGAAGCCAAGAAGAAGUUUCAGAGAAUUCAAGAAGCAUAUUCAGUACUGUCGGACGGACGGAAAAGGACGUUGUAUGACGCAGGUCUCUACGAUCCAACGGAAGAGGUGGACGAGGGCUUCUGUGAUUUUGUUCAGGAGUUGUUCUCUUUAAUGGCCGAAGUAAGAAACGAGAAAAGGAGUUAUGGACUGGGGGAGCUACAGAGUAUGCUGAUGGAGAUGAUGGAUGGUCAGGAUCCAUGUGACGACGAGUGGGUCUCCGCGUCCCGAGGAAGAAGAGCCAAGAGGGCUCGAGGCGGCGGCCAUGGCUGUCGGGAUGCAGUCGGGGGAAGGUCUCGUGCACCGAUGAAAGUUGCGAUUGUCUGAGAGAGACCCGUUUUGAUAAAAUUGACAAAAUAGUUGGGACUGUUCAUGUAAAAUUAGUAGGUUGAGCAGGUACCGGAGGUUUGUAGAGGGAAGGAAUUUUGAGCGGCGUCUUGUAAAUGUCUAAAAGUGAGACGGAAAAUUGCAAAUAACACUAAAUUUGAUGGUGUGUCCCUGCAUUUACUCUUGCCGAUUGUCUUGAAGAGGCCACCGUCGUCCCCUGAUCUGUAGAGAACGUUUGAUUCACCCUUGUACGAACGUCUAGAGGGGACACGAAUGCCCCGGACAGGACGUUAGGAACAAGGCGUCCAGAUCUUGGCCGCAUCCUGAAUGAAUCACG